ACUUUUAACCAUCACAAGAAAACGCCGCACCGCCCCGAAGUGGUCGGAAAAAGAACCGUUACCCUCCGCGCGCAGCUUCCAUCAACAAUGCUGUCGUGUUAAGCUCCACCAAGCAUCGACGUUUGUUGGUCCAUAAUCUUCCUCCUCCCCAGGCCUGGCCCAGGCACCCUUCUCUACCGGAGUUCCGUCUGGAUGGGCCCACUCCAGGUAGAAUUUGGAAAGCAAACAAGAGAGGAAUAGCAGAUAAUAGACGGUUGGUGCCAUUGGCAGGAGGGGACACCGCUUAGUGCCGGACGGAAAACAUCGGACCGCAGAUAUCUGAACCAAUUGCAGGAAAGGGUGAAUGAAUCUCACCUGCGCCGGUCAACGUGUAACCGAAAACAACGAAAAGCUUGAAAAUCGUAGGCUUUUCCGGAGCGUACGAAACACGACUCAAAGAAGGAAUACCUCAAAAACAGAGCGAAACGUGGUUCCCUUGGGUGAUGUCGAGGUGACCCAUUGAGACGGAGAAGAGAGUUCACGAUCGAUCCACAACUAGUUUUUUGCCCCUCUGCCUCAAACAUUCGUCGCGGGCUCAACCGUGCGCGAUCGUGUAGUCUCGUCGCGGUUUCAGUCUCUUUUUGAAAUUCCAUCGAUCAACAACAACGGCGUGGUGCGGGUAACUUGUUUGCUGCUUUCGAAUUCCAUAUCGAUUACGCCAGAUCGCGCGCGAGUGGCUUCCUAGUGACGGAUAUGAUCGUUUGAAGUGGUUUCGGAGUCUAGAAGCAAUAAAGAUGGAGAAUAACUUGAUUCGGGUGCUGGAAGGACAAUAUCUGGACGAACUGACCAGUGAGUUGUGUGACUUUUCGCUGGAAGAACAGAAUGCGGCCACCGAGGCGCAAGGGGUCAAACCGCUGGCCUCUUCGGACUAUGUCCCGAUUGUGGGCAAAAGUGUGACCUACGUGGUAGCUUGUGUAAUCAUCAACGACAAAAACGAGGUGCUGAUGAUGCAAGAAGCGAAGGAAUCGUGUGCAGGAAAGUGGUACCUACCAGCAGGUCGAAUGGAACCCGGUGAAACGAUCAUGGAAGCUGGGGCACGAGAGGUCUUGGAGGAGACUGGACUUAAGGUCGAUAUAACAACGCUGCUGGCAGUAGAGUCAGCUGGGGGAACGUGGUUUAGGUUUGUGCUGACGGGAAGAGCAGUGGGUGGUGAACUCAAAACCCCUUCCCAAGCGGAUCACGAAUCCAUACAAGCCAAAUGGAUUGGAAACCUAGACGAACUGAACCUCCGCGCUAACGAUAUUAUCCCCAUUAUAGAUUUGGCACGGAAUCACAAACGUCGCAUUCCCAAAGACCCCAGUUGGCACAGGGAUAUUCUACCGGCCAAGAAAGCUCACUAUAAAAACUAUCUCCGGGUAGUGGUUGCCAUCAAGAACAAAACCACCAACCAAGUAUUCAUUCUUCUCAGCGAGAAAACGGCCUACCAUUUCCCAACCGUGGAAAUUCAUCCCGGUCGCAGCAUCCACUCUACCCUUAAAAAGUUCAUGAUCGAACUGUUUGGGGCCGACCUUCCGCAACAUCGACCGCAUGGAGUCCUGACCGUCGAGCAUCAUAGCACCAGUUCACAGGCCAAUCCAACGGACGGGAUCUGCCUUACUCUGUUGGUCAUCUGUAGGCCCUCGAUCGAAAGUGUGUCUCUCAUUGGCAAGUGUAUUUGGCACGAACUGAACAAGGAACUCAGCGCCCGGCUGGCGAUGACCGUAGCGGCGAAAAAUUCCACACUUUUACUACAUGUCGUACGAUAAUGGAAUAGGUAAUGGGAGUUUGGCGCGCUAUGGCUGCGACAGCAAGUGUGAUCGUGGCAGCGUGAAAAAAUGACAAAUUUCUUUUUUUGGUACAAUCGACGAAUCUCGCCACGGGGAGAGUACCGUUUUAUUUUUGCCAACCAACAAGAGAAUCAAUUUUUUUUUUAAAUGUGUAUGUGCAGCUUUAGUAGUGGAACUACCUGAACAAACGAGUGGAAAACCUCAAGAGAACAGCAAUGUUAAGGGUACGAAACACCCAGAGGGUCGUAUAAACUGAUGAUCUUUUUUUUUUGUUUUGCGCGAUUGGAAUCUCAAUGCGAUUUGGAUUUUGUUUCGCUUCUUGUAUUUUAAUUUUGCGGUUUAGUGAUGAGCCAGCAGAAACAGAAGUGAGCCAAAUGAGGAAAAAAAAAGAGUACACCCGGAGAAUUUUAUGAAAGCUGAAAUUGAAGAAAUGAAAACAAGCAAACUGUUAAUUUAUUGCCACCACUCUGCUUAUGCCGGUGGAAACUGAAGAGUCGUAAAAAUUGGAGAAGAGAAACGAGAUAAAAACAUUACAAACGAAUUAUGCUACGGAUCAACCGUGAAAAUGAAGAUAGUGCGGCAAACAAAUGAGAAAUACGAAGAAGACACUUAGCUUGAAAAUUUAUUUACAAAAAGCGA